UUAUUAUGUUCGCUAUACCCGGACGAGUGAUCGUACGAACCGAUUGACUUAAGUCGCUAACACACGCGCAGCAGAAACGGCAGCACAUCGAAACGAUUUAAAAAAUUAACCGGGACAAAAAGAGAAAAACGAUAAAUUGAACUUUUCUCAUUUCGAAACUCCACUGUGAUAAAGGGUGCGCUAACUUUUUCGAAAAAGAGAAACAGAAUAACGUGAAAUUCACGACGCAGUGAAUGAACUAAGAAGUGUGCUUUUGUUGCUUUCUUAUUCCUACUACCUGCUCAUGCUUGGAUGAUUUGUGAGGUGCAUUUAACCGAUCCAGGUGACAAGUGAACCAACCAAACACCCGCAGCAGUUGAAACAACAAUCCGUGAAUUUUUGCGCGAAAUUUUUGGGCGACACCAACCAUCAAAACCGACCGCAAAACUUCUCGGUUUCCAACAAUAUAGUGACCAACAACAUCUUCUGUAUGUGCUCGAAUUACUUCGCGUUUUGGUAAAUUCAAACGUGAUAUCUGUACGUGUUCUUGAUGUGCAUCAAAGAGUCUCCUGCGGAUUUUUAAAAAGCUCUGCGCGAUAAGAGGGUACGUGGUCCUACUGACAAUUGAAAUCCGAAACAAGUCACUGCAAUUUUGUCAUUCAUACCACCGUGUCAUUGUGCCGGCUUGUUUUUAGAAUCGCUGUGGAAUCCGAUAUAAAUUGGAAUUGUAUGUAGUUCGAGAGGAAUUUCAAAAACAUGGAGGUCCUUAGAGGCAGUUCAACCUCUUUGACAAUUUCAAAAUGGAAUCCACAUCAGAAAACGCUGCAAUUGCAAGUGAACAAAGAAUUGUUUUAGACGAGAAUUCCUGGCCACAUAAUGUAACAGAUCCAACAGUUCAUCCAGAUCAAACAAACAAGUCAAACGAAGAUAGUAAUACCUCUAAUACAAAUGACGUUUUCGUACCCGAAAAGCUCACAACAGUUGAGUAUAUAGAAAGAGGAGAUAUAAAAGAAUUUGUCUACACCAAAUAUGAAGAACGAGACAAAAAUGAAUUCGAUCGUUUGUAUCUAAGAAGAUCUUGGGCACCAGUUCGUCCCAAGAGCGACAUUGAUGAACCGAAGAGAUUUACAAUAGCACACGAUACGAUUGGGCGAGACCAAACAGAUACCUGCAAGGAACAAACAAGUCCUGUAAGACGUGGUGCAAUCGAGUCAUUAAAACAAAUUUUAGAAAGCGAAGCCGAACAGGCAAAACCUUCUACCAACGAGAAGAAUCUAAACAAUCUUGAGGAUAACGCUUCAAAUUACAAAAAUCCCACGAAAUUAUCCCCGGAAAUAGUAGAAAAGUUGAAAACGAAAUAUUCGCCUUCUAGCUACGGUUAUCCUAAAUUGGCUCCUUUAACGUCUCCUGGUCUAACAACCAAGAUUCCCGUCUUAUUUAAUUCAAAACCUAUACCACAGCCUAGAAGUCCACAAUCCCCUAAGCAAGAGGUUAACUCCACGGAUUACAAUAACAAUAAUAACAAACCAGAGAAAGAGCUGGACAAGAGCAAACCUUCUCCAAAUCCAAAACCUCGUUACCUUUUGGAGAAACAGAAAAUUGUUGUUACUAAUAUUGAGAAACGCCCGGUAAACGAGACGACAAAAAGUCGAAGCAAAGACAGCUUAGAUAGCGAUUUUCCUAGUGACGUAUCUGCAUCAGAUGCAAAACGCCAUCAUGUGUAUCUGUGUCCUAAAAGGAAAAUUCCCAUUAUCAACAGCGCAAUAAUAAUCAAGGAUCCUCCCACCAAAGAGGAAGAAUCGACUGAAUCCGAAGAAGAAGAAAGAGUCGUUAUAGUACGACAUUCUUCAUCAGAAGAUAGUGUUGAUAAGGUAGACGGAAUACUAUCGCAGUUCGUUAUGGAUAAGAAGGCGACAGAAAAGAAGAGAAGCAACAGCUUUAGAAGACUGUUCAAGGGAACAUUUUUCGGGAGGGACAAGAAAAAAGAUGAAGAUAAAGAUAAAAAUUCCCGAAAACUGAACGAUCAGACAGAUGCGUCCGUUGAAAAUUCUAAAAACUCCUUCGUGAGACAUUCUGUACAUAGACACACGGUCGAUGGUUCCUACAAAACUGAAAAUUUAUUGAACGGCUGCGAUAAUUUAGGUAUAAAAUCUAAUUCAGACAACGCUAAUUACAAACGCAGCAACCACAAAAGACAUAAUGGACGUAGUAAAAGUUACAUAGCGGAUGGUGAUAAUUCUAAAGGCAGAUCGAUAUUGAACGACUACCUCCCGAUGGACACAGGGAAUAAAGACAAAAGCGAAAAUAAAACCGAAACAUACAUAAAUGUACCCAACAUAAACAAAUACAUCGAUGCAAGCAGCUCUUCGUCAGAUAGUCACAAUAACACUUACGAAAACUCGUUAAUCGCCCAAGCAGAAUUACGCCAAGCACAGGAGCUUGGACGUAAACAAAGAAACGUUAAAAGUGGAAUACCAGUUCCGUCUAAUGGUAAAGUGGGGCAAACUUUGCGAAAUCAAAACGACUCUCCUCAGCAUUUCACAGAAACGCCGCCUAGAGCUCAAGAAACUUACCAAAAUGUUCAAUUAAUCAAACCGAAAGCUUUGAUACCCAUUAAUUCCGAGAGACCAUUGCCAAAUCCCUACCGGCAUAAAAAACCAACUGCAUCACAGUCGGAAUCGAUGUCAGAGACAUCUAAAGACGAAAACCAAGAAGUUCUUCGUAAUAAUUUAAAUUUAGAAAUCAAGAGUUACGUUUCGAAAUCCUAUUCUUCAGAAGCGUCUCCUCAAAGUCCGGUAUCACCCAACAGAGAAAAUCCCUAUCUAAACGAUAUUUACGGAGAACCUCGUGAUACCCUUAAUAGAAAGGAGAAACAAUCCAAACAAGAGCUUGUAAAACCAGCCGUCCCCGUAAGAAAUAGCUCUUUGGAACGACAAAGUGACAAUCAGCAAAGUUCCUCACCAGGUAAUCAAUCCGUCAAGUCAAGUCCCGUAAUUAAACCAAAACCCGUUAAUGUGCCACUUGAGGUGAAGAUAAGUCCAGUAUCUUCAAAGCUGUCGGACUCUCCUCUUUCUCCUCGAUCGCGAGACAGUUACGUGGGAGUUCGUGGCUCUCCAAUCUCAAGGAAUCUUAAAAGUCCAGUCAGCCCACUUACAUUAGAGCGGACAAAAUUAAAACUUCCGUCAAACAGAGAAAAAGUUGAACUGCAACCUCGUGUGAAAUCGCCAAUACCCAAAACGAAAGUAAGCACCGAUAAGAUAAUUGCCACGGAGCUUCUUAGGAAUAGUAAAGAACAUUCCGAACAAAAGCAAUCUGAACAGCGAACAAUUCCGGACGGCGAGAGAAGUAAACUUGUAAUAACACGAGCCAAUUCUUCUACUAAAACCGCCGUUACGUCACCUACGAAACUUCCUCGGCCACCAGCACAGAGGAAUAUUUUGCAAGAAAUGCAAGUUGAUUCUCGCGAGGCGAAACAAAACGACACGAGUAAUUCACAGUCACGACAUCCGUCUAAUUAUCUUAUUAAUAAAAGUCAACAGAUCCCUCAACAGCUACCCGUGACCCCACAAAGUCAAAUAAAUGUUCAGCCUAUUUCCUCGUCCACUCCGAAGCUAUUAAAUUAUCAAGCAGUCCGGCAGUUGUCUCCCAAAGAACCCGUUUAUCAGUAUUCCAACGGUAUAGUGCCGCUUCGUCAACCAAUGUUACAUUCCCCUCAGCAACCAAAUCAGUAUUCACAAUCCAACGGUCAAAGUCUUUCACCUGCGCAGUUCCAAUAUUUAAGACAAAAUAUUUAUGUAAAUACGAAAGUUCCAGAGAAAGUCUCUCCCAAAUUAACCCCCGAAGAGUUGGAAGAAAGAAGGUGGCGUAAUAUGGAAGCAAAUAAAAAUAUGUCCUUAAUGUCGCUCCAUAAUUCUAAUUCUUCUGUCGAUCCUCAAAGGGCUUCAAUUAGCAACUUUUCAAUGUCCUCCAGCAACAUAAGUCCCCGAACGAGGAGUUCCCUGCCUCCAGAAAGUUCUCAACCGAGGUCGCCGCAAAAACAGCAAAUGCUGCAAAACGUCGAAGCCUUCUACUGGAGAGAGUUAAAGAAAAUGAAAGAGAAAGAGGAACUUGAUUUUCUAAAUUACAGACGCCUUUAUGGCUACGUUGAAGAUCCGGUCGUAUUUCAUAGAUCGAGAAGUUCUACGCCAAGUAAUCUUCACAAUUCCAGACGAAGCCUCAGCUUGCCGAGAGAAGUCAAGUCGACCAGUCUUUCUUGUCCACCGGACUCUAAUAUUAAUUAUGAAACCAUCAACAGAAAUGAUAGAAUCCAAGAACACGUGCAAUAUAUUCCCGUUCAGAAUUAUCCCCAGCAAAAAAUUAAUAUCGCAACCUAUCCAGCUGAAGUGCAACCGGGGAGAGUCCAGAAUCAAAAUUUUGUUAGGCGAAGCUCUGGUAGAAAUACAAUAGGUCCCAUUGGUUCAACGGCAAGUAUUCAAACGAUAUACGAAAACUACCCAGCAGGUGUAGCCCCUACGUUACUGAAGAGGCAGCAACUGCAAAAUCCAAUCUUCAGAAGGGGCAGUUUAGUAAGCAAUCCGUCUCCUUUGCCAAACUACCCCGUACAUAAUCAAUACAAAAAGGUCAGUUUUGGCUCACAGGGAGGCAACACAUCUCCAGCUUGGCCUACUAAAAACGGUUACACGCAAAGUCCCCCACAAAGGAGGCUCGAGCGCCAAGAGUCAUUGGACGACGAUGUGUUUUUACCGAACUCUCCUCGGAUCAUUAAAAGAUCGGAAAGGGCCACCUCGGAACCUGUGUAUGGUUCACGGUUUCCAAAUGAAUCGCCCAGUAACGUUGUUUACGGCCAAGUUCAGCAGCAAACAGUCGCAGUGGUCGCUGAAUCCCCCUAUGGACACGCGAUUCCAAAACAGAUCACCGUAACGAAUAAGGUUUGCGACAUCUACGGGCAAAUCCACGACAAUGGAGAGAAAGUUUUGAUGUCUCCCGAAAACUACGGCCAGGUCAAGCAAACGGGAAUCAUCUAUGGGACCCUACAGCCAAACGUGGGGUCGCGAUUGUCCUUGGCGUCCCGCCAAAGCAACAGCAACUUGAGCGAAUACGACGCUGGUAAUUUUGUACGUGGUACUCGAUUGACAGCCAGUGUUAACGACAUGUAUCGACGUUAUUCUGAUCGACAACGACUGAACGGUAACGACCAACAACGAUACAUUAACGAAACGAUGAGAAACGAAAAUAUGAGCAAUGUACAUGCCGAGGCGCCCACGAGACCGUUACCUCCUUUGCCUCCCUCGAGAAGGUCCAGGUCCGAUCAAUUACGAAAAGCCGUGCUGAGAGGAAACCCACCAGCUUCCGACAAUGAAAGUAGCGGUUCCGAAGCCGGGGAAAUACAAAGGAUUCUCCAAACCGAUCCCAGAAAUAACAGAAUUAAUGCGAUAGAAGAAGAAUGGAGCUCGGAUGGAAAGCAAGGACGAGGUACCUCCGGCGGAGAAUCCGGAGGUCAAAGAAACGAAAACGAUGUUAGCGACUUGAAAGGAGGUAGCAGCAGGAGUAGCAGGGCUGCUAGACGAGAGGAUCCUCGCAGACAUACAUUGGGUGGUGCUGGUGACCAGAGAUAUCACAGCGGUAUGAGCCAAGGAGGGCCACUUAGUCGAACAAUGGACUUGGAGGGUCAGUUAUCGAGGGGUUACAACCCCCAUUCGAACGCGAUGUUGUUUGAUGACGAUCCAGGAAUAAUGUCGGAGGUUGAAACAAGUUCAACUGGUUUCAGAAGAGGAGGAAAACAAAGAAGUUCACUCCCCGUGGUACGGACGCCAAGUAAAACUUUGGAGCGACCAUUAGGUCUAGUUUUCUUACAAUAUCGAAACGAAACAAAAAGAGCCCUUCUUCCUAACGAAAUUACAUCAAUAGAUACAGUCAAAGCUCUGUUUGUACGGUCAUUCCCGAAGCAACUCAGUAUGGAAUAUUUAGACUCACCUUUAGUCAAAAUCUACAUACACGAUUCCUCCAAGGACAUGUUUUAUGAACUCGAAGACGUAAGGUCUCAUCUACGUGAAAUACGAGAUGCAGAAAUUUUUAUGUGCACUUCGAUUCUGUGA